AUGUCGAAUAUGAUCUAUCUGACUGCAAUAAGCGUUUUGUACUUGCCUGUUUUACUGUUUGAGGCUUUUGUCUUGUCGAAAGGCAAGUAUGAGAGGUCAGUGGUGCCGAGCUCUGCCUCUCGCCUGGUGGCCAGGAUGGACGGGGAUAUUAUAAUCGGGGCCCUCUUCUCUGUUCACCACCAACCCUCGGCUGAGAAGGUGGCAGAGAGGAAAUGUGGGGAGGUCCGCGAGCAGUACGGCAUCCAGCGAGUGGAAGCCAUGUUCCACACUUUGGAUCAGAUUAACUCGGACCCAAACCUUUUACCCAACAUCUCCCUGGGCUGUGAGAUCAGAGACUCCUGCUGGCAUUCCUCUGUAGCUCUAGAGCAGAGCAUCGAAUUCAUACGAGACUCUCUCAUCUCCAUCCGGGAUGAAAAAGAUGGUGCCAGGUGGUGCAUCGAAGGGGAACCUUCCAGUCAACCGCCACCAACCAAGAAGCCCAUUGCAGGGGUCAUUGGGCCCGGCUCAAGCUCAGUUGCAAUUCAAGUCCAAAACCUUCUGCAGCUGUUCAACAUCCCACAGAUUGCCUACUCUGCAACCAGUAUUGACCUUAGUGACAAGACGUUAUUCAAGUAUUUCCUCAGGGUUGUACCCUCAGACACUCUUCAAGCCAGGGCGCUUUUGGACAUUGUCAAACGAUACAACUGGACCUAUGUGUCAGCAGUGCACACAGAGGGUAACUACGGGGAGAGUGGGAUGGAAGUGUUCAAAGAGCUUGCCUCGCAGGAAGGCCUCUGCCUUUCCCAUUCUGACAAGAUCUACAGCAACGCCGGGGAGAAGCAAUUCGACAGGCUUCUGCGGAAGCUGCGUGAGCGUCUGCCUAAAGCCAGAGUUGUUGUCUGCUUCUGUGAAGGCAUGACAGUCCGAGGGCUGCUCAUGGCCAUGAGACGGCUCGGAGUAGCCGGAGAGUUCCUACUAAUUGGCAGUGACGGCUGGGCAGACCGCAAUGAAGUGGUGGAGGGAUAUGAGCAGGAGGCGGUGGGCGGCAUCACUGUGAAGCUGCAGUCUGAAGAGAUCUCCUCCUUUGACAACUACUUCCUGAAGCUCAGGCUCAGCACCAACACCCGCAACCCGUGGUUCCCCGAGUUCUGGCAGUACCGUUUCCAGUGCCGCCUUCCCGGACAUCCGCUAGAAAACUUGAAUUACGCAAGAAACUGCUCAGGUUAUGAGAAUCUGGAGGACAACUAUGUUCAAGACAGCAAGAUGGGCUUCGUCAUCAACGCCAUUUACGCCAUGGCCCACGGGCUGCAUGACAUGCACACUCACCUCUGCCCCGGCCACGUGGGGCUCUGUGACGCCAUGGUGCCCGUUGACGGCAGCCACUUACUUGACUUUCUUCUCAAGACGACCUUCGCAGGUGUUUCUGGGAAGGAUAUUUGGUUUGACGAGAACGGGGACUCACCUGGGAGAUAUGAGAUCAUGAACUUCCAGCGUGUGGAGCCGGGUGUUUAUGACUACAUCAACAUCGGCUCCUGGCACGAGGGCAUGCUCAGCAUCGACGACGACAUGAUGAUGAUGAACCGCAGCACCAUGGUCCGCUCUGUGUGCAGUGAGCCCUGCUCCAAAGGAGAGAUCAAGGUGAUCAGGAAGGGAGAGGUGAGCUGCUGCUGGAUCUGCACAGCCUGCAAAGAAAAUGAGUACGUCCAGGAUGAGUUCACGUGUAAGGCGUGUGAUCUUGGCUGGUGGCCUGAUGAAGAACUAGAAGGCUGUGAGCCAAUCCCUCUGCGCUACCUGGAGUGGAGCAAUCCUGAAUCCAUUAUCCAGGUGGUUUUCGCCUGCGUGGGCAUCUUGGUCACGUCGUUUGUUGCCUUCAUCUUUGUCCUGUACCGAGACACGCCUGUGGUCAAAUCCUCCAGCCGGGAGCUCUGCUACAUCAUCCUGGCAGGGAUCUUUUUGGGCUAUCUCUGCCCUUUCACCCUCAUCGCCCGUCCCACCGUGGCCUCCUGCUACCUCCAGAGGCUGCUUGUCGGACUCUCGGCCGCUAUGUGCUACUCCGCACUGGUUACCAAAACCAAUCGCAUUGCCCGCAUCCUUGCAGGGAGCAAGAAGAAGAUCUGCACCAGGAAACCGAGGUUCAUGAGUGCAUGGGCUCAGGUGGUCAUCGCCUCGAUCCUGAUCAGUGUCCAGCUCUCAUUGGAGGUUACUCUUAUCAUCAUGGAGCCUCCUGAACCCAUCAAAUCCUACCCGAGCAUCAGAGAAGUCUUCCUGAUCUGCAACACCAGCAACGUCGGUGUUGUGGCCCCACUGGGCUACAACGGCUUGCUGAUCAUGAGCUGCACGUAUUACGCCUUCAAGACCCGCAACGUCCCUGCAAAUUUCAACGAAGCCAAAUACAUCGCCUUCACCAUGUACACCACGUGUAUUAUCUGGCUGGCGUUUGUGCCAAUCUACUUUGGCAGCAACUACAAGAUCAUCACCACGUCGUUCUCUGUGAGCCUCAGUGUGACUGUAGCCUUGGGCUGUAUGUUCACACCAAAGAUGUACAUCAUCAUCGCCAAACCAGAGCGAAAUGUGCGGAGUGCAUUCACGACCUCAGAUGCUGUGCGUAUGCAUGUCGGCGACGGCAAAAUUGCCUGCCGAAGCAACAGCCUUCUCAACAUGUUCAAGAGGAAGAAGAACACUGGAAAUGGCAGUUCUAAUGGAAAGUCUGUGUCAUGGUCUGAACCAGGUGCAAGACAUCCUCCAAAAGGGGAUCACACGUGGCACAGACUGUCAGUGCAUGUGAAGAGACAGGAAGCAGGUUCCAAUCAGAUGGCUGUCAUCAAACCCUUAACUAAUACCUACCAAAACACAGCCUUGGAAUUCUCAGACCUCAGCACUAAGACCUUGUACAAUGUGGCUGAGGAGGACGAGAGCGAUCCUGUCAGAUACAACCCCCCUGUCACUCCCCCCAUGAUGGCUCACGGGCAAAUGCCGGCCUGUGGGUUUUUAAAGGACGUGGAUGAAGAGGUGGAGCUCUAUACCCCCGAACAUCGGCAGGAUAGUAGAAUCAUCCCCCAACAUAUCAUUAUGGACCACCUACAGCAGGAGAUGGUGGUGGGCAAAUUCAACUGUGAUGUCCCUGAGCUGAAUGAUAUGAUUAGCAUGCCUGAGGCUGUGAGCGGCGGCAUGCCCGUGUACCACCAGGCCCACCUCAUCCAGCAGGACCCAAUCCUGCCUGUGCACCUCGACCCGUUCGAUGAGGAGCCCACCUCUCCCUUAGAGGAGGAGGAGGAGAUGGAGAAUGAGCAGUUCGGCCUUCUCCAUGGCUACAUGUACAACAAUGCCCAGAUUCAUGACGAGGAGGACCUGGUUGAGGUCAAAUUAGCCGUGGAGGACUCUCUGGCUCUGAUGCCUCCCUCUCCUUUCCGAGAUUGUGCUUGUCCUCCAGUGAGCCCCUACCCCAACUCACCUGUGUCCGAGUCAAUUUUGUGCACUCCUCCCAAUGUGACAUAUGCCUCUGUCAUCCUCAGAGACUACAAGCAAAGCUCCUCAACUCUGUGA